UGAGAACACAGUCCUGUUCACUGGGAACGGGCGAAAAGUGGCAUAUGCAAUUGUUUACGGAAACGCAAGUGGGAAAUGCGAUGCCCUUCUUCAGUUCCUUCUCCUUUUUGAAGACCUUGCUGGUCUCGUCGGUGAGCAACUGGUCACCGUAUUCGCAGAUUUCUCGUACGGAAGCUCCCGCUACGCAUUUAUCGAUAACUUGCUUCAGUGCUCCUAAAACGAACGUGACCGAGUUAGUUUCGGUAAAUUUUUAAUGGUAAAUAAAAGCAUUGGAGUUGUUCGUUAAAAUUCGAAUCGGUGGGAAACCAUGUGCUUAUCGUUGCCGGGAACCAAGCUCCAUAUGGCUGCCCGUUGUAAAUCGGUUUUGUUUGAAGAAAAACUUUGUGGGCCAAACAAAAGAUGCGUAAUUAUAUUAAGGCGACUCACUGUUAACUAUUUCUCCUGCCAUUUUAUACUUGGUAACCACCAAGUCCUCCGCAAUGGUUUUUUCGACCACAUCUUUUUCGUCCGCCAUAAUUUACCUACAUCUAUUUUUUCCACUAAAAACGCCAACUUAAAAAACCCAAAUAUCACUACGGUCAAUUUUUUAAUUACUGUCGAUUACUAUGCGGAUAAUCAGUCACUUCUGCUGCUCAAGUCAAAAUUAAAAUUUUACCAAAAAGAAGAAGAUAAAGUAAGGUUAAAAUAAUUUGACAAAUGAAAAUUGUUCAAAUUAUAAAAUGAUCAAGUUUGCAGUUAAAGCUGGAAUCGCUUCGGCGGCCGUUUAUUACGUAAAAGAAGAGGGAAUUUGGAGGAGCAGCAACGAUUCCGAGAAGGUUUACCAAAAGUUAAAGCAAACUGCGAGCCCCUACGUUGAUAAAGCCACUGCUCAGCUACCAUUCGAGCUACCGACGUUACCGGAGAGUAACAUAGUUUCUUCUUCGAUAAAAGAGACCUGGAACAAAGGUGUUACGGUUACUUUUAAAUUUCUCUCCGAUCUGCCAGAUACCGCAUGCAAAUGGACCUCUAAGGGUAUCGAAGCUAUCAAACAAAACGAAGAAAUUCAGAAAAUGUUUAAUGAUAAAUCGAACGAAAAAUUAAAAUAGUUAAAUUAUCUAAUAAAAGUAUUGUAGGUUUAAAUUUUAUUCAAAGUUGACUUGAAUGUAUAGGUAAUCGGUUACCUUCGGUAUUCAUUUGAUUGACAACAACGUGAAGUUUGCGUUAAAUAUGACAUCUGUCAAAAGUGUCAUGUAAAAAAAAUUUUAAAUAACAAAAUAAACAUGGAAGAAUUAAAUGAUAAGUUUCAUUAUGUGUACAGUUCUUCAGUAUCCGACAAAGUUAAAGUUAAAAUCGGAGUUUUAGAAGGAAAACGACAGAAACCCGAAUACACCAAGAUACUAGAUGAUCCCAUGCUAAAGUACUCCGGUUUGUACCAAGACGAAUGCGCUGAUUUAGUUGUAGUUUGCCAAAUAUUCGACAACAAUCAACCUCUUACCCUACCAGUAUCCACCUCUUACAAAGCAUUUACCCAAAGAUGGAACUGGAACGAAUGGUUGAAUUUACCGCUCCAGUUCAACGAUUUACCGAGAACUGCUCAGCUAGCAAUAACCAUUUACGAUUGCUUCGGGCCUAAUAGACUGGGCCCCGUCGGUGGUACCACCGUAUCGUUGUUUAGCAAACAUGGGUUAUUCAGACAGGGCAUGCUGGAUUUACGAGUGUGGCCUAACAGAGAAGCCGAUGGCAAUUUCCCGACAACGACUCCCGGAAAAACCAGGAACGGUAAAGAACAAAUGCAAAGAUUGUCGAAGUUGGCUAAGAAGCACAGAAAUGGGUACAUCACGAAGGUUGACUGGCUGGAUCGAUUGACUUUCAGGGAAUUGGAAAUGAUCAACGAGAAAGAGAAGCGAAAUUCGGAUUAUUUGUAUCUGAUGAUCGAUUUUCCUUCUAUUAUAGUCGAUAACAUACCCCAUCACGUCGUCUAUUUCGAGCAAAACGGUGAAGAAAUCGUUUCAGUUCGAUCCCAAGCCGAACUGGUUACUGUACCGGAUCAGGAAAUUCUCAAAGAAAACCUCGUCGAAAGCAAACACCACAAGCUAGCCAGAUCUCUGAGGAGCGGUCAUUGCGAUAAGGAUGCCAAACCGAACGCCGUCAUGCGGGACAUCCUCAACACCAUCGUCUCCUAUCCGCCCACGAAGAACCUCUCCAACGAGGAGCAGGACCACGUGUGGAAGUACCGCUUCUAUUUGAGCACCCAGAAGAAGGCGCUGGCUAAGUUCCUGAAGUGCGUCAACUGGAACCAACACAACGAGGUCAGGCAGGCGUUGCACAUGAUGGAGAUUUGGUCGCCCAUGGACGUGGAGGACGCGCUGGAGUUGCUCAGCUCGAAUUUCACCUAUCCGGCGGUGAGACGGUACGCCAUAUCGAGGCUGCAACAGGCCCCCGACGACGAGAUACUCUUGUAUCUGCUCCAACUGGUCCAGGCGUUGAAGUACGAAAAUUUCAAGACGAUACAAGAAGGUUUUGCGAGGAUGUCGCCCGGUAGAGACCCGUACUUCCCCUACGAGGAAAAGGAAGCGCAACUGGAGAAAAAAGACAGCAAAGAGAGCAACAGUACGAUAACAAACGAACAAUCGAUACAUCGAUCAUCGAGCUACAAUCAAACCGAGCAGAUAGCCUCGUCGAAUUUCAACAGCAGCCUCACUCAAGAGAACCAAGAACAGAAGGCGGAGGUGCUCCUGCAGAAUCCCAUCACCGACAGCGGUAAUACCGACACGUUGCGCAGCCACAUGUACGAAGAGGAGGACGUCCAGGACCUGGCCUCGUUCCUCAUCUACAGGGCGUGCAAGAACUUCAGCCUGGCCAAUUACUUCUACUGGUACUUGCUGUUGGAGUGCGAGGACCAGGACACGACGUUGCGGCAGGACGUUAGCGACGAAAUCCGCAACAUGUACCUGACCGUGAUGAAAACGUUCUCGCAAACGCUGGCCCGGGGAUCGGAGUCGAUGCAAAAGAAGCGGCACGUGUUGACCAAGCAGCAGAAGUUCAUCGAUAAGCUGGUGAAGCUGAUGAAGACGGUGUCGCGCGAGAGCGGCAAUCGCAAGAAGAAGGCCGACAAGCUGCAACAGCUGCUCGCCGAUUCCGAUAGUUUCAAGUUCAAUUUCUCCAAGUUCGAGCCCAUUCCUUUCCCGUUGGAUCCGGCUGUUACGAUCAACGGUAUCGUACCGGAGAAGGCCAGUUUGUUCAAAUCGGCGCUGAUGCCUUCCAAGCUCUAUUUCAAAACGGUGGAUAACGAUGAGUAUGUGGCUAUAUUCAAACUAGGCGAUGACUUGAGGCAGGAUCAACUGAUCUUGCAGAUGAUUACGUUGAUGGAUAAGCUGCUGAGCAAGGAGAAUUUGGAUUUGAAACUAACACCCUACAGGGUGCUAGCUACUAGUACGAAGCACGGUUUCGUGCAAUUUAUAGAUUCUGUGACUGUAGCUGAAGCAUUGGCUACUGAAGGAAGCAUUCACAACUACUUCAGGAAGUACCAUCCGCAGGAGCACAGCCCCUACGGCAUAGCGCCGGAUAUAAUGGACAUUUACGUGAGAUCCUGCGCUGGUUAUUGCGUGAUAACGUACCUGUUGGGCGUGGGCGAUAGACAUUUGGACAAUUUGCUGUUAACGCAAGAUGGGAAAUUGUUUCACAUCGAUUUCGGUUAUAUUCUAGGAAGGGAUCCCAAGCCGUUGCCUCCGCCUAUGAAGCUGAGUAAAGAAAUGGUCGAGGCCAUGGGGGGGAUUAAUUCGGAGCAUUUCUCGCAGUUCAAAACGCUUUGUUAUACCGCCUUUCUUCAUUUGAGAAGGCAUGCUAAUUUAAUGUUGAAUUUGUUCUCACUGAUGGUGGACGCCAGCGUUCCGGACAUUGCUCUCGAGCCGGAUAAAGCGGUACGUAAAGUACAGGACAAGCUGAGGUUGGAUCUGAGCGAAGAGGAGGCCGUGCAUUAUAUUCAGAAUUUGAUAGAAACGUCCGUCAGCGCGAUCAUGCCCGCCUUCGUAGAGCAACUACACAAAAUUACUCAGUACAUUAGGAAGUAGUUUGUUUCCACAUUAUUGUAUAUAAUUUAUUGUUUUUUUUAUGUAAUAUAAUUUAACAGAGGAAUAAUGAUACACGAAUUGUUUUAAAUUUAAUUUUUUUUAAUGGAAAUUCUUAUAAUAAUUAUAAACGUACAAAUUAAGCGACCAAAGCCGAAGCCGUGCUCGAUUCGUAUUUCCAGUUAGGGGCUAGGACUGAUUUGGUCUUGUAGUACCUGGCGAGCCGGUGGAUACGAGACUCUACCAAAAUCAAACGGAACUUGCUGUCCUUGUCCUUUCUGUUCCUCUCCAAGUGCUUGCGGAUGGCCACGGCUUUCUUAAUGAGGUAGUACAAGUCCUCGGGUAGGUCGGGCGCCAGUCCCAUGGCCUUCAUGAUGCGCAGGAUCUUGUUGCCGGACACGAACCUGACUUGGGCUACACCGUAGGAGUCCCUCAGGAUGACACCGAUUUGGGACGGCGUGAGACCCUUCUUGCCCAAUUUGAAGAUGUGCUCUUUCACUUCUUCGGGGGUUACCUUGAGCCACGUAGGGACGCUUCUUCUGUAGGGCAACGCCGAUUGGGCGAUACCUUUACCGGGCGCGUGCAUCCGACCCAUUUUUUCUGGUUUUAUUCCUCGAUUUCGCUAAAACAAGUCGUGCACUCGACGUUUCCACAAAAUGGAUUCGUUCUAAAAGAAGUUGACAAGUGACA